AUGGCAGAAGCAUUGGACUGGGCAGACCUGCAGGCAAAGGCCCUGCAGGGCCACGACCUGAGCAACCAGGCAAUUGCUGGACUGCUGCCCCUGCUUGCGGCAGGGGCCCUGCAGGCAGCAGCCCUGGAGGCAUCAGGAGCGCUGCGCUACCUGGGGAAGCAAGACAGUUUGCAGCAGCGCAUGGGUGCCCAGAUACAGGCCAGCCUCCGGGCGCGGCAGGGCAAGCGGCCUCGGCUGGAGGAUGCUGAGGAGGCAGGCAUCAACCAGGGCGGCGGCGGCGGCGUCUCCCUGUUCUACCCGGGGAAGCAGGGGCCAGGGAAUGACACCGUGUUCCACCCACCACGGCCAGAAGCGCCAACCAUGGCGUCGCGGCGCUUCAGCUAUUUGGGGAUUGAUCCAGCACAGCAGCAGCAGUAUGAGGACCUCAUGAGUCGGGCCCGUCGGCUGGACCGCAGGGAUGCCAGGCGGAGGCAGCUGACAACUUCGGCGGAGGAGCUGCCGGGCACAUUCAAGUGGAAGGCAGGAGAAUUUCAGCAGAUGCUGCUUCUUCCAGAGGAUGAGCAGAUCAGGAGCAGUAUCACCGCAGCACAGAGGGCAGACAACUUGCUGUGGUUGACACUGGCAGUGAGCGAGAUGCCUGAUCUGACGCCGGGCCGGGCGAUAGUGCAGGUGUGUGGCGUGUACGCCAGCGUUAACGGCUAUCGAACCGUGAAGAGGGUCGAGCCUGAGCACAGCAGAAUCGCCAUCAGCGGCGUGGCGGCAGCACCUGCCCUGGACGUUGUGCCAGCAGGCGCCUGCAUCAGGGCCACUCACGCCAUGGAUGAAAGCCUGCGCCUGUACUACUUCAGAAUCGAGGGUGCUCCAGCAUUGCCUCAGCAGCAGGCAGCUAUGGCGGCUGCCACUGCCAUGCCGCCGCCGCCCGCAGCGCUGCCGCUGCCAGGGCUGGGAACUCAGAUGUAUGAAGCCGCAGCAGCAGGAGGCGCCGGUUCCAGCGGCGCUGGUGCUGAAGGUGCUGGCGGCACGAGCGGCCUGCCAGGCAUGGAGGCUGAGUUCCUUGAUGCGGAUGCCUCAGCAGACAAGCACUUCAAGUCGGCAACGCUGGGCCAGGGCCAGAUGGUUCAGGCGCCUCCAGGAGUCAACCUUCCCACCACACCCGCUCUGGACGUGCGCAACGAUGCUGUGCUGCGCAGGGAUUUAUUCGUUUUGGGCGACCUGUACACCCCUGGCGGCACGGUCACCGCCUUGAAUGGUGCCCUGCAGCUCAUCUGCCGCCUCAAUGCCGUGGAGUACUGCUGGGCCAGCGACCCCGGCGGCCAGCGCAUCGCUGGCUUCCUGGCGCAGGAGAUGAAGGGGGCUGUGCACGAGGCGGAGGACGGGACCCUCUUUGUAGCCAUCACCAAGCUGCUGCCAUAUGCUGCGGCGGCCAUCAAGGAGCUGGAGACGCGGCUGGAGCAGCUGGAGGUGCUGGUGCCUGCUGUCCUGGCUGGGGCCUUCCACAUCCUCGUGGAGGCAUCAUCGGCAGCCACCAAAGUUCUGCCGCGUGGCAAGCUGCUGGGCCCUGCCACUCAGCCGGGCACCAGCCUGACGGGGCGCCCCCCGGCCAGCUGGACUGCAAAGUUUGGCUCGUCUGUGGUAGCGCAGCUGUACUUGGAUGCCACCAGCAAGCCCACUGGUUUCGACACGAAAGGCCAGCAGCGCAGCCCAGCUGGCGAGUUCGUGCACCUGGCAAUAGGGCUGGAGAGGGAGCAGGCGCUGGGGGAGCGCACCGCACAAGCUGCUGCUUUCACGGGCGACAGAGUCCUGCGCCAGUACCAGACCGAUAUCCUGCGGCAGAUCUCGACAGGCGGCAACUAUCUGGUUACUGAGAUUAUCCCGCACCACGCCGCUACCCUGCUGGAGCGCAACCACAAUGCCAAGACCGUUGUCCUUGCGCCCACCAUCAACCUGGCAGACCAGCAGGCUGCUUACAUCCGCACCUCUCCACCUUUCAACUCCUUCCGCUUUGGGGUUGACUGCUUCUGCGGCGGCAAGAGCGUGAACCCAGAGCGGGAGGAGUGGGUUCACCUGCUCAAGCGCUCUUCUGUGGUGGUGCUGACGCCGGCCAUCCUCCAAAAUUUGAUUGAGCGCGGGGCGGCCUGCUUUGAGGACAUCACCCUGCUGGUGCUGGACGAAUGCCACAACGCCGUGGGUGGCUCGGCUAUGGCGGUCGUGCUCAAGCGCUACGCAGAGUGGCUGGAGGCGCGCACCAUGAGCGCGCUGGACCUGCUGCAGAACCGUCUGAAGGCGCAGUACUUGGUGGUGCCUGACGACCAUCCCGAGGUUUUGGCACACGUGCCACAGGCCCAGGACCAGCGCAUUGUUGUGCGCCUUCGGGAGGAGGACCGCGUGUUUGCUGAGAGCCUGGGCCGCUGGGUGCUUGGGGCGCUUGAUUUGCUCGGAACCCACCUUCAGGGGCUGGCAGCUGCUGGCAGUGAUGACGAGGAGCCCGAGGGUGGUUUGCCUGCAGACCUGCACUUGCGGUAUGAGACGCUGCAGCAGCUGGCGCUGGGCCAGUUCAGCAAUGCAGCAGAGGAGUGGUGCGCCCGCGCUGCCAAGCACGUGGAGGCAGCCCAGGGAGCUGAGCCGGCUCUUAAGACCGACCUCAACUGCUGCGUAAUGCUGCUCAGUGAGGCACUGGGUGCGCUGUCGGUGGCUGGCAACAUGGGCUGCGAGGCGGCCGCGCGUCGCCUGGCGCAGCUGGUGGCCGAGACAGUGCAGAAGCUGCUGGGUGUGCGCACCGAGGAGCUGUUGGGGCGCCCAGUGGCAAGGAAUGACAGCGCCAGCGGCAGCGCAGGUGGCUCGGGCAGUGGCGACGUGGAGGGAGUGGCGAUGGAGCUGCUGCGCCUGCUGACCCGGCAGGUGCUCGGGCAGGACACCCUGGAAGAAGCCUACAGGAAUGGCAUUUUUGCGUGCCCCAAGAGCCCCAAGUACAUCAAAAUGAAGGAGGUACUGCUGCAGUACCGCGAUCAGAAGGAAGCACACGGCAUCGUGUUCAUCAGGACCCGCGCCGAUUGCCGUGUCCUGCACAGCAUCCUGCAAGCAGACCCUGACUUGGGCUUCAUGCAGCUGCACCUCCUCAUGGGCCACGGUGGCAGAGGCAUCGACGGGAUGGCCGUAAAGCAGCAGCGCGAGGCGCGCGAGAGCUUUGGAGCAAAGGGGCAACACUUGCUAAUAGCCACAGCUGCCGCUGAGGAGGGCCUCAACAUCCCGGCCUGCCAGUUUGUCAUCCGCUUCAACGCCACACAGACAGGCAGGGAGCUGCUGCAGUCCAAGGGGCGCAUCCGCACCCAAGAUGGCGUCUACUUUGAGCUGGUGGAGGAGGGAACCCUGGAGGAGAGGCUGGCCAAUAAGUCUGCACAGCAAGCCCGCAACCUCCACUUGGCACUUCACCACCACCUGAAGGCCUUUCACAUCUAG